UUUUUUUUUUUUUUUUUUUUUACAUUUAGGAACAAUAAACCGGUGAUACACUUACGUAAAUGAGUGGCCUUUGCAUACACCUCCCACGAUAAUUAUACCUUUCUCCUUAUGUAAACGGACACUACGUUACAGAAAUUUAUUGCGCCUGACAACUUCGUUGCGGCUUGCUCUCAUAGAAAGAUCGAUAUAACCACGAGUUUAAAAGUUUGCCAUAGAAAAACAUUCUCAUGUUUUUCCUCUCAACGCAAUUAUCACAUCGAAUAUUGCACGUAUAAAGAGACAUUGAAUAAUCGAAACAAAACGAAAAAAAGAGAAAGAAAUUGAUCCCGUUUGAAUACAAUAAGCGCUUAUAAUAAUUCCUCCGCAACAAUUUCGCUCAAUUCAAUCUUUGAUUGCAACCUUUCUCUUUACAAUCACCCUCAAAUUAUUACACGAUACAUUUUAUACUGUAUACUCGAGAAAGAUGAACUUAUAUUGCGUCAAACGAGAUUAAUUAACCCGUAUUAAUUAAUCGUCGAAGAGGAUGGACACGUUCUGCGAGGGAAAACGCCGCAUGCAAGCAUUGGUGGGAAACCGCUCGAUUGGCCAUCGAUCAGAGACGUGACCGUGACGUAUUCGUUUUCGUUUAUCGGACCGGUUCAUAACGUGGAUCACGAGCGGUGAUUCUCGUCGGCUUUCACUAUCCGUGCCGGAGCAGAUCUGGUUCCAUUCGAAGAACGGGAGCUCCAUUGCUCCAAGUUGCGCAACACCAAAGCCUCGAGGCUUUAUAACCGUACGUAUCCGCUUGUGCGUUGGACAAAUCGUGCUCUCAGGUAUCUUUAAAUGGUUGAUCGAAACGGACGAAAGAAGAGAUUUACGAGCGGAAUAGAUUGGAAAGAUAUAUAUAUAUAUAUAUGAUUUGCUUGGAUUGGAUUUAGAAAAUCUUUAUUUCUUAAAAGUUUGCUUUGAGAAGUACGUGUGGAUGGUUUUGUAAGCAUUGAUUAAUGGAGUAAUUAACGGCUGAGCUUAGCACGCUCGUUGUCACGCGUAAAUACAACCGUGAGGGAUACGGCAUUAACUCCUUAACGAGUCUGGUGAAAUUUUCUGUUAGGAAUAGAUGGGAGAAUAGAUCGAUCGGUUAUUACGAUUUACGUAUUAUGUAGAAGGUAUAUAGGUUAUUUUGUAAUCGAUUAUCCAAGUAAUACCGAAAUUAUCUGAUGCAGAUUAAUUAUUAAACUGGAAUAAAUUUGUUUUAAUUAAGGAAUGUGCAUGAAAAUGUUAACAAGGGGGAAAUGUGAAAUUACGCGAUGUUACAAAACAUGUUAUUUACCAGUUUUGCAUAUUAUCGAGGUAUUCCAUCAAUGGAUUCAAUUUUAAGAUGCUUAACGAGUAAGAAAUAUCAUAGCGUUUACGACCCACCGAUGGAAAAAAUGUUUUCUUUUUCUUUUCCCGUUAUGUAAUUCUUGAUUAUUGUCGUGCAACUUACGCGAGGCGUAACUAUAGGUUAUCGACUCUUUUAAUUUUCCAAAAUGUCAAUGCGGUUACGUGAAAGCUGGUUUCCUCUUCUUCUUGUGCAAUCAUUUUUUAUAAUAUUAAAUCUCGCUUAAAGGGUAAGUUUAAAAUUUUCAUUCCAAAAAAAAAAAUUUCUUUGUUUCCUCCCGAAAUUGAAAAUAGAUAAAAGAGAAUUUCCUUUUUCUCAGAAUUUCCAAAAUCGAAGAUAGAUACGAAAAAAAAAGUUUCCUUUUUUCCUGAAAUUUCUAUCGAAGAUAAAUGAAGAAAAAAAAUUUUCUCUUCGAGCACAGACAGAAGAAAAGAAAUUUUUUCCCAAGAAAUUUCUAUCGAAGAUAAACGAAAAAAAAAAAAAAAAAACAUUCUCCUUUCCCUCGUUUCGUUUUUCCAAAAUAAUUGUCGAUCUUAAAAUCUCGGCUCGCUCGGCUUCAUUCGGUUCGGUUCACCGAAGCCGCACGAAGAAAUCGAAUCGGAGAACCGAUGGUACACAUGGUGGGGUAACCAGAGAGCAACUAUACCGAGCAAGUGAAGGGAGAAGCUCUCUGUUCCGAGGUCGGUAACUAAGUGUCAGUAGUCAGAGUCGACCCGAGUGGAGGAUCAGACCGAACGAGCACUAUGAUCGAGCAUCGGAGGAGCGUGACCCUAUUGGCCCUGCUGCCUUUUCUGCUCUCAGUCGAGGCGACUACCCUUCUGGGGGCGCCACCGUGCCCCGAUCCUCACGGAGUUUUCGCGUAUGCCCACCCAGAGAAUUGCAACGCCUUCUUCCUCUGCACGAACGGCACCCUGACCCUCGAGUACUGCGAGAACGGAUUACUUUUCGACGGGCAUGGCGCCGUGCACGAUCACUGCAACUAUCACUGGGCCGUCCAUUGCGGGGAUCGCAAGGCUGACCUGACACCGAUCAGCAGUCCUGGAUGCGAAUAUCAAUUCGGCCUUUACCCUGCGAGCGAUGCCUGCAGCACCACCUAUAUCAGAUGCGCCCAUGGCCAUCCCAACGAAGAUCAUUGCGACGCAGGAUUGGUUUACGACGCGAAGAGUCACAAUUGCGUCUGGCCCGAUCAACUGUUGCCCUACUGCAAUCCGGAGGAAAUAGUCGGCUUCAAGUGUCCUCACAAAGUGCCUUCGCACAGCGCUGCCGCCAAGUUCUGGCCCUACCCAAGAUUCCCCGUACCCGGAGAUUGUGGAAGAUUGAUCACCUGCGUUGAUGGUAACCCACGUUUGCUCACCUGCGGUGAUGGAAAACUCUUCGAUUCCGUGAGCCUGAGCUGUCUGGAUCCUGAUGAAUUGCCCCACUGUGCCAAUAACAAUCUUUGAAUUACAUUCGUCGUCGAAUUCUGCAAAUUUUCUGGGAUCAUCGUUUCGUUCAUCGUCAAUGUUAAAAAUGAUUAAGAACAAUUUAAUUCUUUAUCAAUCUAAAAGACGAAUUACUACGCUUUAAAUUUGAUCAUCCAUUGUUGUAACCACCGUCCAAUUGAAACGAUUGUUCUUCUGUAGUUAUGGAGAAUCAUUAUUCUAUAAUUUAUUCGCAAAAAUUUAUUCGCAUUUAUUCUAAGUGAAAAGGAAAAAGUUGCUACAAGAACAACGAUGUGUACAACGAGUUCAUUCGAAUAAAAACGUUGUCGCGUGUACAAAAAAAUAUACAACGUACACUUUAUUUCAACGAGUCUACAUUCGUACAAGUGUGAACGUUUUGAUAUUACUUAUAAUUAAGGCGAGAACAGGGUGAGAAUGGCUAAGAGAGAGAAUUAUUUACAUUUCGGGGGUGGCGGUGAGAAAGAGAGAGAGAGAGAGAAAGAGUUACUUAAUAAUAACAAUAAUAAAAGAAUAUAAACGUGAUAUUUUCCAUACGAUUUACCUAUUUAUCUUUUUUUUCUCUUUCUUUUUUUUUUUAACUUAAACGUACGUACAUUCGUGCUCGUAGAAUCGACGACAAGAAGAAGAAGAAACUGAUAAAACGAGAUUGAAGAAGAAAGAUCGCUAACGCCUCUAAUUAAAAACAUGCUCUAUAACGAAGCUUUGAAUAUACAUAUAGAGUACUUGAAUUCAACUUUUUAUCCUCCCUCCUCUUUUUUACGAGCCGCAUUAAAAUUCUCCUUGCUCCAAUUUCUUUUCAUAAAUUACUCGAUACGAUUCGAAACUUUGGAAUUUCCAAAAAAAAAAGAACGCUUCUCGCCGAGCAACUUCUUUCUUUCCGAUCCUUUUAACCUCUUUUCUUAAACAAGAUUUUCAAGAGUUUUCUCCUUCUACUUUCGAAACGAAAAAAAAAAAAAAACGAAAGAGAAAGAUAACACCAAAAUAAAAA